CUUUGUCAUUAUCGUUGUUGUUUGUUAGAUUCCUCCCAUGUAUUUCUUUCCAAGCUUGAGCUCGAUCUAUCUUGGACUGCAAUCGUGCUGAGAGUAGAUCCCGUUUGUGAGUCUCCCCACACCAGAUCUUGCAAUGGCCCAUCAUGCACAUGCAAGAGCUUCUGCGUUGUUGGCGUGUAGACUCGCGAGACCUGCUCGUCGGCCGAUUUGUGGUCAAACAUGUCGGUCUAUUGGAGGGUUUGGCGGGGUUGGCGCGAGUAUGAAUGGGAGAUUACGCAAUAGGUCUGCUCGACCGGUUGCGGGGGUGCCUGUCUAUUCUCCUCAGAGUCUACGUGGGAUGAUGACAGCUGCACAACAACAAUCAUCAGAUGAAGAUGGAGAUGGAAACAGUCAACGCGAAACCGACGAAUCUUCAGAAGGCGACCAGGAACAUGCCAUCAUCUCGGCAUUCGAUCUGUUCUCCGUCGGCAUUGGACCGUCUUCAUCACACACGGUGGGACCCAUGCGGGCAGGAAAUAUCUUUGUCACCGAUCUGAUCGACGCCAACAUUCUACCCAAUGUCACACGGAUCCGAAUCUCUAUCUACGGCAGUCUGGCUCUUACAGGGGAAGGCCACAUGACGCCAAGCGCACUGCUUCUGGGUCUCGAAGGAGCAAAUGUCGAGACCGUGGAUACGGCAUAUGUGCCGGCGCGGUUUGAGGAGAUCAAGAAAAGCAAGAAACUCAUCCUGGCUGGAUCAGGGUCCAGCGUCACCCGCGAGAUUGAUUUCGAUUACAACCGUGAUUUCAUCUGGGAAUGGGCCCGUAAACUGCCCAUGCACAGCAACGGCAUGCGGCUGCGAGUCUUUGACAAGAACGGUGACAUGCUGGCCACAAAUGAUCUCUUUAGCGUCGGAGGUGGUUUUGUCAUCAAUGGCAAAAUGUCCACCGCACCAUCUCCAGAAGAUGCAUCCUCACAGGACAAAUCUGGAGCGUCACCCGAUUCAGCCUCCACGAAUCGUGAGAAUCACCCUGCCGACCUGACAGAGAACCUCUUUUACAAGGAGAUCAAUCGCUCAAACGCCAGUGGCGAGAGGAGGACGGGACUUGACCACGACUUGAGAUCUCAAACACCCUCAACUGACCAAACCCAAGACCUUGUCACGACCCAACCUGGUUCCAAAGCGCUUGAUGUCGAAAACGCAGACCAAGUCAAAAGCCCACCGCGACAUGCUCCAUAUCUGUUUCGCAACGCCGCCGAUCUCCUGGCACUAUGUCGGCAGCACAACUUGACCAUAGCCCAGUUGAUGUACGAGAACGAAAAGGGGUUGGGUCUGCAAGACAUGGAAAUUUUUGACAAACUCUUCAAUCUCUGGGAUGUCAUGGACAAUUGUAUUCGAGAAGGUGUGCAAGCACCGUCACACGCGGCAUUGCCGGGAGCCCUCAAACUUCGACGUCGGGCCCCGGCUCUGUAUCAACAGCUUACUCGAGGCCUGUACCCAGAGCAUCACCAGGUACGGUCUCCAUCUUCCGGCAGCUCCCCACAGCUGCAAGAUUCUUCAUCCACAGGAACGGACGCGGCGGCAAUCGUGUCCCAAACAGGGGCGUCGAGUCAAGCCCCGACUACCAGACGCACCGCAUCCUUUCCCCCACGUCGCCGUCAACCACGACUUCAAGGAUCCCUAAAUCAUCCCAUCUCCGUCUCCCCAGUAAGGAGCGCGACAUUACCAGCCAUGGACUAUCUGACCGUCUAUGCGAUUGCCGUCAACGAGACCAACGCCGCCGGGGGUCGGGUGGUAACGGCACCCACCAACGGAGCGGCGGGCAUCAUUCCCGCCGUGCUAAAGUAUGUGGUGGAAUUUGUCAGUGACGAUCCAGAGCGCGACAUCCCCAUUUUUCUGCUGACGGCAGCGGCGAUCGCUUCACUUUUCAAACGCGGCGCCACAAUUUCAGCUGCUGAAGGUGGAUGUAUGGCCGAGGUGGGCGUGGCAUGUUCAAUGGCCGCCGGUGCGUAUGCCGCCUGCAUGGGUGCCGGACCCGAGACCAUCGAACAAGCUGCGGAAAUCGGCAUCGAGCACAACCUUGGUUUGACCUGUGACCCUGUCGCCGGGCUCGUCCAGGCUCCUUGUAUUGAACGCAAUGCCCUUGGCGCCGUCAAGGCCGUCGCCAGCGCCAACCUUGCCUUGAACAGCGUUGCCGGUCUUCAAAAGGUCUCGCUUGACGAUGCCAUCCGUGCCAUGCGCCUCACUGCCAAAGGCAUGAAAGACGAGUUCAAAGAGACCAGCCUCAGUGGCUUGGCCACCAGUGUCCCAUUGAAUAUUCCUGUCAGUGUUCCGGAUUGUUGAUGGAUUGCCAAAUCUCAGGGAGCGGGAGGUGGAAAUCUGAAAGCGUAUAUUUCCGCGUGUAUUCACCUUGCGGGACAGGCUAGAAUUGAAGCAAGGAUGAUGGUGACGGUGUCAAUCUAGUGGGUUUCGAAUUCCUAGGCUGUGACGACAUGUCUUGACGUUCUGUUGUGGCGCACAACUGGCUGGAAGGUAAUUGUUGGAUAGAAAAAGGCUGUAGCUUAUCGAGGAUAAUGAAAGUCCAAUGGAUCAGGACGCUGCGGGCUCGUCCUUGCAGCUUUGGAUUGUGU